AUGUCUUUCCGAGGCGACGGCCAGCGCCGCUACGGCCAUACCCCUCCCGUUCAAUACCCCACACCCGAACAGUCGCAAGACCAGUCUGCUUACCUCGGCCGACGCCCGAGUUUCAACAACGGCGACGACGCUGCCAUGUUCGACCAGACCCGCGCGCAAUCCCGGGGUCACCAGCCGUCGGGCUCGAGAGGCGAGGACGAGCUCUUCUUGACGAGCCCGACUAGCUCGAGCCAUUCCGGCGGCCGCCACAGCUAUGGCUCAACCAACAAUGCGCUCUCUGGUUACCAGCAUCAGUACCAGGCUUCAUCGCCCCCGACGUCUUCUCAUUCCAGCUACAAUCCCCAAGCCUUUGCUCGGACGCCGUCGACGGCCUCGACGUCUCUGCCAUACCACCCAGCUCCCCCGAGCCGGUAUGGGUCCGCCGCUUCGCCAACCUCAUACACGGCUCCUCCCCCCUCCAACUACACCCCGGCGGCAUACAACCCGGCGGCCUACGCGAGCACGGCAGCCCCUCAGCGGCAGCCGACGUAUUCCGGCUACAAUAACUACAGUCAAGGCUACGGUUCCCCGACUGCCGUCCAUUCCUCCUCGGGGUUUGGGCAGUCGCCCGCUUCUUCGUACCAGUCCACGUUCCAAUCCGUACAGGCGCCUUCAUCAGCAUCGGCCUACGAAUCAUCCUACUCGCAAUCCUACAGUAACAGUUACAACUCGUACCCAACGAACGGCACCGGUCCCGCAGCACCGUAUCCGUCGGACGACUUUCAGACACCGUAUCCGAUCCAGUCGUCGAUGCCCGUCGGACCAGGCUACACAGAUCCAUCGGCCUUUUACAGUAGACCACCGCGAUCCGACUCAGCGGCGUCUCCGGUCUCUUCACCGCAGAUUCAACAGCAACACUCGCCAGGCCUGCAACGCCAUCCCACAAACGCCCCUUUGCCCAGCCGGCCGAUGAACGAACACACCUGGGACCCGAGCGCCAUCACUCCCACAGACGAGGACCAAGCUCAGCUACAAGACAACAUUAUACAAGACAUCGAGGCUGAGUUGGGUGGCCGGCACCGUCCUCUUCCGAUUAACGGCGGACAGUUCUCCGACGACGAGCUGCAAGGCCUACGGAGAUACAACUCGGACUUGGCCAACACGAACAUGUCGCAUUCAUCGGCUGCGUCCAACGUCAACAGGGCUCCGAUUCCCACCUUCGAUUACGAUGAUGACGAUGACGACCCGGAAGGAACUGCAGGAGUUCUGGCUAUGCAACAGGCGGAACUAGACGACAGGAGAUUCAGCAGCUUGCCACCCUUUAUCCCGCACGAUCUCCCAGCCCCCUCGAACCGCCUUCCGCCGCCGCCUGAGGAGCAGAGCGACGACACCGACUACGGCGGCAUGGAUCUGGGUGCACUUGCUGGCGGUUAUGCCGGGAGCCUGGCCUACGGCAACGAGGUGCCAACCCAGGAUGGAUCCCGGCCACUACCGAACCCCAACGACUACGCCGGAGCAUCCCCGUUCACGGAUGCGGGGGUCGACUACGGUGGUACUGGUGGCUUGCAGGCUCCAUCCGCUCACCGACUGAGCUUUGAUGAGGGCGAUGAGCCGGCGUCUCUCCACUCGAAACAGAGUGGCAGCGAUUCACCCUAUAAGGAAGACUACCCGGAUAUAUUCUACCACCCUGGAUUGUCAAACAGGCCGCUUCCAGCCCUCCCAGGCGGCCCGGAAAGCGAUUCAAGCUCUUUGCUUUCUGUCCACCCCACAACCCGCAGUCAUCAUGCCCACUCACUCAGCACUGACUCACGAACCCUUCACGACGGCGGCUCUGACUACUACGGCGGCUCGACGGGCCUCAACUCACCCUUUCCGGAGCGUUCUAUAUCCCUAUCGAGCCACAGCCACACCCCGCAGGUGCAGGCACCGGUCCGGUCACGAACAGAUGCGGCGGAAGAGCGGAGGAAGAUGGCCAGAUACCAGACCCAGCAACAGCAGCUCGCGGCGCAAAAUGGACUGCCAUACGACGGCUACGAGUCUGGGACGCCAUCUUCGAUGACGUAUGAUAUGAUCACGCUACCCAGCGGCCGGAAGAGGAAGUUUGUUCCGUCAAAACUCACGUCUGGUGACCUCAGAAGGUGCUCUGAGCCGUGGGCUUUGAGUGGAAUCGCGUCUUGGAUUCGCGAGAUGGCCGAUGGAGAGCCAGAUUUGAAACAAAAGACUGUUGAGGAGGCACUCCUCAAGCUGUUCACAGCCAAGGUCCCCACCAUUAACGUUGCUGACGCUGAGCUUCUCAGUGGCCUCGUGUCGCAGCUCAUGUUGGACGCCGGAGUUCUCGUUCCCGAGGAAGAAUGGGUCAAGUUCGGCAAUGGCACUGUGUCUGGGGUCUUGCCGCAACUGACGGGCUCUGGCUGCUAUGCACCAAAGCUCCACGAGGACGACUCUCAGUCGGGGCGCUGCUACUCGCACCAGUGCAUGAGGACGCUGAAGAAGGCCAACCUGGACGAGAUGCUUCUCGAAGAAGCCAAGCCGGCCGACUGGAACGUGCACUACAAGAUUCAAGAAGCCGAACUUGCCGAAAAGCCGAAGAAGGAAAUAGAGCGUCAGCACGUGUUGCAUGAAAUCGUGAACAGUGAGGAAUACUUCAUCAGCCAGCUCGAGGUUCUACGGGUAUUGUAUCGAGACCAUUUGCGGAACAGCCAGCCUCCCAUCAUCCCACCCAACAAGAUUGAUAAGUUCCUUCAGAUUGUGUUUGGCAAGGCCGAUGCUGUUCAGCUCGUCAACAAGGACAACCUUUUGGCGCAGUUGAAGUACCGUCAACAGGAACAAGGACCGUGGAUCACGGGGUUCUCCGACCUCUUCCGCGAGUGGAUUCGAAAGGCCAAGGAUGUGUACAUCGACUAUGCAUCCCAGUUCCCCUACGCCGAGUACAUGGUGCGCAAGGAGUCUGAUCGCAACCUCCUCUUCCGCACCUUUCUCGAGCAAGUCAUGAGGCACAAGCGCUCCGAGCGCCUGGGAUGGCAGCAUUUCCUCAAGACACCCAUCACGCGGUUACAGCGAUACUCGCUCCUGCUUGAGACCGUCGAGAAGAAGACGCUGCGGGACGACGAAGAGAAGGCCAAUUUGGCAAGAGCAAUCGCAGAGAUUCGCAACGUCACAAUGGAGUGCGACACCAAGGUCGCCGAGAUGCAGAAGAAGGUGGAGAUGAUGGAGCUCAACAACAUGCUCGUCCUUAGGCCAGGGUUUCACUCGGUCCUCAACCUUGACCAUCUUGGCCGGGAGCUCAUUAAACAGGGUGAUUUGCAGAGAAUGGGUUCCAAGGGUGUCAGAUGGGUGGACACGCAUGCGUUGCUGUUUGACCACUACUUCAUCCUCGCAAAGGUGGUGACUCCCAAAGACGUCCGAGGAGAGAAGAAGUUUGACGUGUCGAAAGAACCCAUCCCCAUGCCUUUGCUCUUCCUUGACACCAUGAACGAUGACCCAAUCUCGAAGCAGAAGGGCAUAACUGCUCCGUUAGCUCGGACGGGAGGCGGUUCAGAUACUAGGCUGAACAAGGUCGCCACCAACGGUACUGAUCGCCCCGGCUUGGAGCAUGUUGCGACCAGCUCGUCGAUAGCCUCAUCUACGACGGCCAGGCUCACGCCGACCAUGUCCAACGAUCCCGAGGGUAAGAUCCUCUAUCCUUUCAAGAUCAAGCAUCUGGGCCACGAGACGUACAUCCUUUACGCCACAUCAGCCCAGAGCCGGGCGGAAUGGGUGGAGAAGAUCAUCGAAGCCAAGACGAGGCAUGCGAAGGCGCUGCACUCGCAAAAUGCCGAGCCCUUCCGCCUUCGUGUGCUUGCAGACAGCGCGUUCGUUUAUGAUGCGGCGGCAGCUAUUGGCAGACAACCAGGCGUUCCCAUCCGGGGCACCCCUCUUGACCGAGCAGUCCGUGAGAUCGAGGAGGUUUACGGGCCUGGUAGAGGGCCCGCUCCGGUUUGCAGGGCACAGGUCAACUGCGCUUGCGGCUUCAAUGCAUUCGGAAAGUCCAUCAUCGCCAUUGGAACGGACUACGGCGUGUUCAUCUCGGAUGCCACGAAUCCUCGCGGUUGGAUGAAGAGCGUGCAAACAACGAGAGUGACGCAAAUCGCCGUCCUCGAAGAGUUUUCUGUGUGUCUCGUUAUUGCAGACCGAUCCCUCGUCGCUUAUCCGCUGGAUGUGGUGGCACCAGUGUCGAACUUCCCCGCGCCAGCCCACGACAACCCGCGACGGGCGCCACAGAGGCUGGCCAAGGACGUGGCUUUCUUUGCCACGGCGCGCAUGAAGGAGCGUAUGCUGGUCUUUUUCAAGCGGAAAGAAGGCAUGCACAACACGUUCAAGGUCCUCGAACCCGUCUUCCAGAAGGCAACCGAGAAGAGGCCUAGGAUCUUUGGCGGCCGCAAGGGCCCGGGGGGCAGCACCGAUUCGUUCCGCGACUACGACGAGUUCUACCUCCCGACAGAAUGCUACUCGCUCAAUCUCUUCCAGAGCUACAUUGCGGUUUCUACCGCAAAGGGAUUCGAACUGCUGACCCUCGACAAGAAGCAGACGAUGUCGAUCCCUGACCUGAAGCAGCCGGCCAUCGCCAACAUCGCAGGUCGAAUUCGGGAUCAGAGACCGCUGGGCAUGUUCAAGCUGAACGACCAGGAGUUCUUGCUAGCAUACGAAGACUGCGCUGUGUACGUCGAUAAACACGGCGACGUGAGCCGCACCCUCAUUAUGGAAUACUCGGGCAAGCAAAAGAAGGCGACGAGCGCCACCAUGUACGGCCAGUAUCUCCUCCUCUUCAACGGAGACUAUGUCGAGGUGCGAAACGCCGAGAACGGGCGCCUCCGACAGAUUAUCGCCGGCCGGGACGUGAAAUGCCUCGACUUUGGCGUCAGAGGCCCCACGGGCGGCAACUCGUCAAACACGCAGAGCUGGCUGAGCGGACAGACCCCCGCGGGAGAAGACUCCAAGGGGACGGUCAAGAUCUCGAUGAGCCAUCCCGAGCAGCACGGCGUGCAGGUUGUGUUGGAGAUGCUCCUCAACGAUGGGCAUAUGGAGAAAUAG